UGUUAUUUAUAUUUCACAGAGCAGGCCAAAGGAAUGUUUAGGUUCUUACUAACGGGACGGACUUAAAAAAUAAUGCAAAUUAAUGCGGAGAUGCUGUAGUUUAAUCAAGCAGAACAGCCACGUGUUCCACCGGGAGAUGAGAAGAAAAGUUGCACCGAACCGUGAGCGAGUAUUGGUUGAAGUUGACCUUUUAGCGGCCAAUAAUAAUAUGUGAAACUUCUGCUCGCGACUAAGCUUUCCUCUUUAUGGCUUCCUCGACUUGGGAUGUACCAGCUGGAACAAUGAGUUCCCCCCGGUCAGGGCUUUUCCAGAGGCCUUGAUAUGAACCCUCUGAUGCACCGCUGGCUCUGCCUGCUCAGCCUGAGCCUCCUCGCCUUGUUCUGGUUUGGCCAUGUGAUCAGACGGGACCAUCCGGCUCCAUCGCCCGCGGCUCCACCUGCAGGGAUCCGAGGCUACACGAGGGUCCGACCCGGCGAGAUGGAUCAGUUACUGGCUCUGCGCUGCGGACGCUGUGCCUUGAUCUCCAGCUCAGGUCAGAUGAUCGGAGCCGGCGCCGGCGAGGAGAUCGAUCGGGCCGGGUGCGUGAUCCGCAUGAACAACGCUCCCACGCGCGGGUACGAGCGAGACGUCGGGAGCCGGACCACCGUCCGCGUGGCGUCCCACACCAGCGUCCCCCUGCUGGUGAAGAACGAGCGCUACUACUUCCAGCAGUCCGCCAACACCACGUACGUGUUCUGGGGGCCCGAGAGGAACAUGAGGCAGGACGGGAAGGGCCGCGUCUUCAAUACUCUCCUCAAGGUGGCCAAGAAGUAUCCUGACGUCCAGAUCUACGCCGUGACCGGAGACAAGGUGCAGGACUGUGACAACGUGUUCCAGAACGAAACUGGAAAAAACAGACUGAAAACGGGGGCGUAUCUGAGCACCGGAUUCUUCACCAUGAUUCUGGCCAUCGACAUGUGUGACAGCAUCCAGGUUUACGGGAUGAUCGACAACAACCACUGCACACAAGCUAAUAACAGCGCCGUUCCCUACCACUACUACGAGAAGAGCCGACUCGAUGAGUGCAAGAUGUACAGGUUUCACGAGAACACGUCGCGCGGAGGCCACCGCUUCAUCACCGAGAAAGCCAUCUACGCCAAAUGGGCAAAGCUCCAUAAGAUCGAGUUCAAACACCCUUCCUGGAAUCCCUGAAGACUGAAAUCCAGUCAGAGAUCCAAGAAAAUCCUCGUCGUUUGCACUGUGGUAUUCGUGUUUUUGCUGGACUGUGGUCUUUUUUUUUUUAAUAUAUAUUGGUGUUGCCCAAGCAGGCACCUUUUUAUAACAACUUUACAGUGUUUAAGAUUUGAUAACAGUUCAUAAGAAUUCUAACAUGUAAAAUUCUACUUUCUGUUCCUAAGUUCGCCAUUUACCAGCUUUUAACUGGUAGUUACCGUCACUUUUACUGAAAAGUUCUCUAACAUGUAGCCAUAAUAGGAAAAAAAUGAUGAGAUACUGAAGCCAGAUUAUACCAAAGCUUACAUUUUAAAUGUAGUUAUUCCCGUGCCUUGUCAGUAUUUGACGUCGUGCUACAAUCUGCCAUAUAGUUAAUAAGCUAUUUUGCACAUUUCCAACAUUAAAAAAAACGUAUUGCCAGUAAUUGUCAAUUACAUUUUCAAUUUGCAAAUGUAAAAAAUUAGAAAAUAAAACAUUGAGAGCCAGAAAUUUUUCAACAAACAAAUCUAAUCCUCCUCUGAUAUUGAGUAAAUGCUGCAUGCUCUGCCUUUACCGCAACUAGCUGCUGUCUGGAAACGUUUGAAGAUGAACAAUAGCGGCAUUUCUUUCGAACCAGCACUGUGAGAAGUUCUUAUUGUGAGGGAAGUGCCGUUACACACUUAUCUGGAUCGUGGCUUCAUAGACCCUCACACUUCCUCCCGUCUGUCCAGUUACGGCUGAUUUAUUGAUCCUGGUUACAGGGUAGAAAUGCACAAAAUCUCAUGCCAUGUUUUGUCGUAGUGGCCUCUGGUUAAUUGCAUGCUUUAUGUUAUACGGAACAAACAUUGUGUCUAAUUUGAAAUGUCUGUUGAGUUUCUGUAUAUAAGCUGCAACUCUCUCAUGUAUAUUUUUGCACUGAAGUCUAUUUCAUCAGUUUUAAUACAUUUUUGACAGACUGACAUUUCUACGACUGAAUCUGCCACACCUUAAUGGAAUUAUUAAUAUUAUUCCCUCAUUUCAGGCCUCUUUCACAGUGAAAAGACUCAUUUCAUGCUCGCAGCCUUGUUUCCUGUGUAAUACGUGCAAACCGGCGCGUUUCCACGAAGCACACCUACACGGGUGGCUGUGAGUCAUCUGAUUCCUCCAGUACAUUUCUGAAAAAAGAGAAGCCUCAGUCCAUUGUUAUAACUUUGAAUGUAACUGGCUUUUAUAGGUCCUCUGUGUUCAGACAUCCACGUCACUAAUUGUUUACCCAUUUUAUUUGCUGCCUGUUUACAGUUUGAAAAAAAAAAAAAAAAAA